AUGGAAAAUCCUGGGUUGACUUCCCGAGUUGAUAACCAGCUUCAACGUACUGCUUAUCCAGAUCCUGAAUGUCUGGAGCCGGAGCAGACCGUGGCUGUGGCGUCGGACGUUGUAGAGCCGGAGCAAACCGUGGCGUCGGACGUUGUAGAGCCGGAGCAGACCGUGGCUGUGGGGUCGGACGUUGUAGAGCUGGAGCAGACCGUGGCUGUGGCGUCGGACGUUGUAGAGCCGGAGCAGACCGUGGCUGUGGCGUCGGAUGCUGUAGAGCCGGAGCAGACCGUGGCUGUGGGGUCGGACGUUGUAGAGCUGGAGCAGACCGUGGCUGUGGGGUCGGACGCUGUAGAGCUGGAGCAGACCGUGGCUGUGGCGUCGGAUGCUGUAGAGCCGGAGCAGACCGUGGCUGUGGUGUCGGACGUUGUAGAGCCGGAGCAAACUGUGGCGUCGGACGUUGUAGAGCCGGAGCAGACCGUGGCUGUGGCGUCGGACGUUGUAGAGCCGGAGCAGACCAUGGCUGUGGGGUCGGACGUUGCAGAGCCGGAGCAAACCGUGGCGUCGGACGUUGUAGAGCCGGAGCAGACCGUGGCUGUGGGGUCGGACGUUGCAGAGCCGGAGCAAACCGUGGCGUCGGACGUUGCAGAGCCGGAGCAAACUGUGGCGUCGGACGUUGUAGAGCUGGAGCAGACCGUGGCUGUGGGGUCGGACGUUGUAGAGCUGGAGCAGACCGUGGCUGUGGCGUCGGACGUUGUAGAGCUGGAGCAGACCGUGGCUGUGGCGUCGGACGCUGUAGAGCUGGAGCAGACCGUGGCUGUGGGGUCGGACGCUGUAGAGCUGGAGCAGACCGUGGCUGUGGCGUCGGACGCUGUAGAGCUGGAGCAGACCUUGGCUGUGGCGUCGGACGCUCACUCCUACCCGGAUUAUCUAUCUGCCAGCGGAGGCCUAACUGGGACCCGCUACAGAUUUCUGGGGGCUCGUCCGGGAUUCCUCGGCGCCAUCUACUGGACGGAAAGCCGAGUGAAGUUGAUGACAACGCUGAUCACCAACUGA